AUGAAAUCCUAAAGGCGGCUGUUAGCAAGUAUGGCAAGAACCAGUGGGCUCGUAUAUCUUCGUUGUUGGUGAGGAAAUCGCCAAAACAAUGCAAAGCGCGAUGGUAUGAAUGGUUAGAUCCUAGUAUUAAGAAG